UGGGACAAACAACUUGUUGGCUGAUCCAGGUGCGGGUGAGUCCAUCCGCUCCCUGUGGCAGCAGGCAUUGCCCUGCAAAGGAGAGGGCAGCACGUGCUGUGUUUCCCAAGCCUGUUGGGCUGUGCCACGUUUGCUUACGCAUGGCUUUAUAAAAAGGAGGUGCAGAAGCUUUCUCUGCUCCUUCCCAGGGUUUGGUUCAGUCUCUCUCCACUGCACAGCCUUGGCUAUGGCUGGCCUGAAUGUCUCCAUUGCUUUUUUUUUCCUGGUUGUUGGGGCGUGCCAGGUGCUCAGGCAGCUUUCCAAGAGGCUUCUGUCUCCUGGAGCAUACAGCUGCCUUGCCAGAGAACUUGCUGGCUCGUUACAGUUGUGCACAAGCUGCCUUGAGCUGAGGAUGCUGUUUGAGAUCAGUCUGUGGGGUGGUGGCUUUGGCCCAGACGUGGUCCUGACUCUGCUCUUCCUCCUCUUCGUGGUUCAUGGUGCCUCUUUUGAUGGAGCAUCCGCCAACCCGACCAUCUCUCUCCAGGAGUUCCUGCUCCUUGAGUCCAACCUCGCCGCAACUGCUGCCAAGCUGCUGGCCCAGGGUGUGGGCAUGGGGAUGGGAUGGGCUGUCACCAAGCUCUACUGGUCCUGGGAGCUGACGCAUUUCCACCUCAUCCAGAACCUGAUAGCAUCAGAGUGCAGCUCCUCCAUCCAUACCUCUCUGCACCAUGCUGCCUUUGUGGAAGGCACUUGCUCUUUCUUUUUCCACCUUGUCCUUCUCAAGUUGUGCCAGAGUCACCUGAUGUACCGGGUCCCUGCCCUGGCAGCGACUGUCACCUUCCUGACCUACACAGCUGUACCGUUCACGGGGGCCUUCUUUAACCCUGCUCUGGCUGCAGCCACCACCUUCCACUGCUCGGGGAGCAGCUUUUGGGACUACAUCCAGGUUUACUGGCUGGGGCCCCUUACAGGGAUGCUCACUGCUCUCUUGCUGUACCAAGGCAACAUCCCACGACUCUUCCAGAAAAACCUCCUUUACAGCCAGAAGAGCAAAUACAAGAUACCCAAGGCAAGGAUGGUGGCGCAGGUAGAGGGUGAUGAACUGCAGCAGAAGAGGAAAGGGGAGAAGAGCAACUCUGAGCCUUGUGCCUGAGCCGUGGACGGAAGCCAAGGAUGUCCCUGCAGCCCCUCUCCUGGGAAUGGGUUUCCUGGCAUGGACGAUUUUGCUGCUCGUCCAGCCCAGCACCCAUCCUGCCCAUUCGGUCACUGCCACAGGGUGAGAUUUUGUUUUUUAAAGCAUCGCGAAGGAAUUGGCCAAGCUGGCCUUGUAGGAUGUCUGAAUCCCUGAGCUCCUUUGGGAAUAGCUUUGAAAGUCUCCCUGGAGAGCCUGAAAUGUUUCAGGCCUGCAUCGCUGGCUCAAGCAAGGGGAAAAAAACCUAACACUUUUGCAUAAAUUGCUGGUUGUCUUGUAUUGCCAGGAAGCUUGCAGAAAGUCAGGACCAUUAUGUGGGUAGGCUUGAGCAACUCCCAGAUUAUUGCAUCGUGCAAUGCUUGAAAUAAUUUGGCUGGGUCUCUUGCAGCCAUAAAAACAAAGCAUAAACAAGUAACCGCCUUGGAAACUUGGGAUGAGGAGGAAGCAGGCUUUGAUCUUUCAAGUUACUAAAUGGAUAUUGGUCAAAAAUUGGUGUUCUUUGAGUUAAACUGAGGUCUUUGAAUUGCAUAAGCUGAACCUGGCAGUUCUUGGAGAGGAAUUAAAAGUGCUCCAGGGGAAGGGAGUUCACUGGCCACAGGACACCCUGCUCCUCUGCGGAUGCAGCGUUUAGCCUGGCUUUUGUGUGCUGUAAAGCAUCAAGAAACAGUACACAAAGUGUCUGUGGUUAAAAAACGAGACCCAGACUGCUGGUAUGCAGCCAGUGUAGGUGAGCAAGUGCAUCCCAGGGCUCCUCUCCGUGUCUACCUGAAAUAUUCCUAAAGAUAAAAUUACAGUUUGUGGAAAUAAUAAUAAAAACAUAUGUUGUGAUUGGCUUUUGGGUGAGUGAUGUCAUUC